GGAAACCAUAAGAGCAUCUGUCAAAUGUAAAUAUGACAAAGAUCACCUGCAGAGGUCUGUCAAAUAAAUUAACUGAAAUGGAGGAAUGUCUAUUGGAAGAGAAGGCUGGUGUUACCAGCACAGUGACAUCACUAGAAGAGCGAAUCCACACUGGUGAAAAGUCUUAUAGCUUUAGUCAGUGUGAGAAGACAUUCACAGAUUCUUCAGACCUGAAGCGUCAUCAGCGAAGCCACACUGGUGAGAAGCCUUAUAGCUGCAGUCAGUGUGAGAAGAGAUUCAGAAAUUCUUAUGACCUGAAGUAUCAUCAGCGAAGCCACACUGGUGAAAAGCCUUAUAGCUGCAGUCAGUGUGAGAAGAGAUUCAGAAAUUCUUCAGGCCUGAAGUAUCAUCAGCGAAGCCACACUGGUGAAAAGCCUUAUAGCUGCAGUCAGUGUGAGAAGAGAUUCAGAAAUUCUUCAGGCCUGAAGUAUCAUCAGCGAAGCCACACUGGUGAGAAGCCUUAUAGCUGCAGUCAGUGUGAGAAGAGAUUCAGAUGUUCUUCAGGCCUGAAGCGUCAUCAGCGAAGCCACACUGGUGAAAAGCCUCAUAGCUGCAGUCAGUGUGAAAAGAGAUUCAGAUGUUCUUCAGACCUGAAGCGUCAUCAGCGAAGCCACACUGGUGAAAAGCCUCAUAGCUGCAGUCAGUGUGAAAAGAGAUUCAGAUAUUCUUCAGACCUGAAGUGUCAUCAGCGAAUCCACACCGGUGAAAAGCCUCAUAGCUGCAGUCAGUGUGAGAAAAGAUUCAGAUAUUCUUCAGACCUGAAGUGUCAUCAGCGAAGCCACACUGGUGAGAAGCCUUAUAGCUGCAGUCAGUGUGAGAAAAGAUUCAGAAAUUCUUCAAUCCUGAAGUGUCAUCAGCGAAGCCACACUGGUGAAAAGCCUCAUAGCUGCAGUCAGUGUGAGAAGAGAUUCAGAAAUUCUUCAGGCCUGAAGUAUCAUCAGCAAAGCCACACUGGUGAAAAGUCUUAUAGCUGCAGUCAGUGUGAGAAGAGAUUCAGAUAUUCUUAUGACCUGAAGUGUCAUCAGCGAAGCCACACUGGUGAGAAGCCUUAUAGCUGCAGUCAGUGUGAGAAGAGAUUCAGAUGUUCUUCAGGCCUGAAGAGUCAUCAGCGAAUCCACACCGGUGAAAAGCCUUAUAGCUGCAGUCAGUGUGAGAAGAGAUUCAGAUAUUCUUCAGACCUGAAGUGUCAUCAGCGAAGCCACACUGGUGAAAAGCCUUAUAGCUGCAGUCAGUGUGAGAAAAGAUUCAGAAAUUCUUAUGACCUGAAGUGUCAUCAGCGAAGCCACACUGGUGAAAAGCCUUAUAGCUGCAGUCAGUGUGAGAAAAGAUUCAGAAAUUCUUCAGGCCUGAAGCGUCAUCAGCGAAUCCACACAGAAGAAAAAGCCUGAUGCAUGCAAGACAAGUGAAAGAACUUCUUUCUAUCACGAUGGUGACAUGUCUUAUAUUAAUAAUAAUU